AUGACAAUUGGAGGACCAAAAAUAUCAGUCGCAUUCGUUUGUUUGGGUAACUUCUGUAGAUCACCAAUGGCCGAAGCUAUUUUCAAGCAUGAAGUCGAAAAGGCUAAUCUAGAAGACCGUUUUGACAAGAUUGAUUCCUUCGGUACUUCUAAUUACCAUGUGGGAGAAGCUCCUGAUCAUCGUACGGUGUCUAUUUGUAAGCAACAUGGCGUCAAGAUCAAACAUAAGGGCAAACAAAUAAAAACUAAAAAUUUCGAUGAAUAUGACUACAUAAUCGGCAUGGACGACUCUAACAUCAAAAACCUGAAAAAAUUACAACCAAAGGGUUCUAAAGCCAAGGUAUGUCUUUUUGGAGACUGGAAUACCUGUGAUGGCACUGUACAAACUAUUAUAGAAGAUCCUUGGUACGGUGAUAUCUCAGAUUUCGAACACAACUUCAAUCAAAUCACUUAUUUCUCUAAACAGUUUCUUGAAAAAGAAUUAUAA